UCAGAUACAGUUUUAACCUGUUUUAAUAUAGCAACUACAGAAUUUUACAGACAUUAUUUUUCUUCAGUUCUUCCUGUUCCUCUGUAGUCUUUAAAUCCGUUUUACAUUUCUGCAGCAGAGAUACCCAGAGCCUAACACUGUCAUAAGACUCAACAGUUACUGCAGGACUCCGUGUUUUUCUGUAGUCUCAAACUGAUUAGUCGACUAGAUUAAUCAGCAAGUGUUUUACUCACGGUUAAAUUUAUCAGAUGAUGAAUUGUUGAAGUUAUUUUUGAGCAGGAGUUAAAUGGCUCCAGCUUCCUGUUUUUAACUCUGCAGUGAUAAUGAACUGAACACCUCUGGGUUUUUAGACUUGUGCGGACAAACAAGCUAUUUGAAAACUUGUGGUUGUUUUAAACAAAUGUUUUAAGAUCAAGAUCGAGAUCAACUUCAUUGGCCCACAGGGUGAGAAAUUUGUCUUGGGCUCUACACACAUACUGCAGCCAUAAAAAUAUGACAUACAACACAGGACAACAAAAAGAUAAAUAGAUAAAAUGCUAAAAAAAUACCUGUACGAAAACUCCAGUCAUCAUUAUACAGUGUCAGUUCUGGCUUUGCGAUGAAAUGAUUAGUGGAUUUAACAAGACAAUAAUUCAUAAUGCCUACGAAACAUUUAUGCAACCAACGACUUUCAUUAUUGCUUUUGUUUCUGUUUUGCCUGUUUUGUUUUGUCUUUGUGUUAACAUAUGUGAAACUGAGGUCUGAUCAUUAUUGUGUAUGAAAUGUUAUGAGACUUUUUGUGUUCUACACUUUCAGCCUUUUUGAUUAUUUAUUAUUUAAUGCAUUAUGUUAUUUAUUCCUUUUCGUAUGCCUUCUUUUUGGAGAGUCAUUAACAAGGACUGAAAUAAAUGCACAACUACUGCUCCUAAAAUUAUCACUUACUUACUUAGCUGCAGGGUUGGAGUCACCAAAGGCCAAAUGCUGGUUAAAUAUGCAAGUGGCUGCUAGAUAAGCUUCACUCAUCGGCCAAAAAAGAGUCCACCAGCCACGGUGGCAGAUGGACAGAAAGUUAAUUUCCAACCCUGAGCUGCUGAUUAUUGUCUUGAUUAAUUGUUCACUAAUUUUUUUGUCUGUAAAAUGUUAGAAAAUAGUGAAAAUGCCCAAAUUGACAUCUUCAGGAUGCUUGUUUUGUCCAAUCAGCACUUCAAAGCCCAAAGAUAUUCCUGUAAUUAUCAUGUAAUUCUGUACACCCCCACAAUCUAGAACCUGCAGCAAAGCAUUGUUUGGCAUUUUGUCUUAGAAACUGAAGCCGUCUUUCAAACAGCUUCUCAGUGCACAAGUGAUAUCUGACUGGAGUACAGAGAACAGACAUUUGAUGCAGCAAUCUUCUUAUAUUGUUUGUGUGCUGGUGUUUUCUUUCUCUAGCAGCCUUCCCAUCAUGGAAACACACACAGAAACACAAAGGCCGAAUAACGGCCAGCUGAUUUUUGUGCCUCACAAGGACACAAUCCGUCUGCUGGAGGUGUACGUCAAGCGCAGCCUCAGCCUAAAUGACGGGGCACUGGGGGACAAGAAGGGCGGGAGGAAAGAAAAGUGGGUGACAUUGCGGAAAAAGCAAAGACGGCACUCCAGCGAUCCUUCCCUUCACCUGGCCGAAGGAUCAGACGAUCUGGAAAUUGGUACGUUUAGUGCCAUCGAACCUCAAGCAGAUCAGCCCAAGAUCCGUCUUGAAGAACCAGAGAAACCCGCCAAAAAGCCAAAGAAGAAUAAGAAGCCCUCGCUUUGGAAAAGUUUCCUUGGUUUAUUCUCUCGGAAGAGUAGCGAUGAAAAAGACGAAGAGCACGACAGUCCAUCGGAGAUCCCCGAGGUCUCCUCAGCUGAAGAGGGGUCUGACCCUGCGAUCACCUGCCUGCCCACAGCUCCAGUUGCUUCCCAAAAAAGGAAGUCCAUGAGGAGAAAAUCUCUGAAGCGAAGGUUCUCCAAAAGGCUGAUAUCUGUGACCAAACCAACUAAACCCUUUAAAGAUCUCCACCCUGCUGACAUCACCCGAGUGGAAGAUGCGGUCAGCGUGGAGCCGACGUACUCGUACUACGAGAAGAUGUCAGAGGAACUGGAAAAAAUCAUCCACGAGGUUCAAGAAAAAGAGGAAGCUGAGCCGCUCUCUGAUGAUGAAGUACUCAACAGAAUCAUUGCUUUAACAAAGGUGGAGGGCGAUGCCAUCGAUGACAAGCUGAAAGACAACCCCACCCUGAGCAACUUCUUCACGAGGAUGUCAUACUCUUCCUUCCAGAAGUUGGCCGAUGCCUAUCUCGAAACAGAAGCAUCUCCGACCCACAAUCCUCCAACUGUCCUACCGACUGCACCUGAGCUGGUCAAGCUGGCUUUCACACUUGACUUUACAGCGAGGAUAGCCGGGCUCUCCAAACAAAAGCACAGCAUAGGCCACAUCACUGGCCUGGGGAACCGUUAUCUACAAGACCGAUUUGAAUACCAACAAGCAUGUUCUGAUCAUCCAGUGUCCGACAGUGACUGAGUGGCAGCCAUGCAAAAACAAAACUACUGCUGCAAGUGAAGCGUUGAACUUCUCUCAGCACCUCACAUGUGCUUAAGGAUGUGUUGCAAGCAUGAACUUCCUCUUUUAAGAACACAGUGGGCUACUUUACACACAACUUAAGCAUCUAAACAACAGAUUGUUGCUGUGUUCUUUUGAUUUUUACAGUUUCGUGAUAGAAAACCUGUGUAAUUCUGCUGCAACAGGAUGUUUUCUGAAAAACCGGUUGAAUGGCUCUGGUAGAUUUGAGCCUGUGGUGUUGACCGAUGUCUCACAUGAGGGAUCAACUGAGAACAUAAGCACAGUCGUACUACGUGCAGCAAUGUUUCAGUGACACUAAAAAUGUGAUGCUUUUUUUUUUUUUUUUUUUUACAAAUCCACCUUUAAAUCCUGUGCUUCCUGUACUUUGAUUUGUAAUGAUAGAAAAGAGACAUGCAAUGAUGUAUAUAAGCUGAACACCUUUGUGCAAUAUAUUUUUUUUUAUAUUUUUAGGAUUGCAAAAUGAGCAAAACCUUAUUUAAUAGAAGCUAUAAUGUUUUAUAAUUUAUAUGUUUGUUGAUAUGAAUGCUGGCAUUCAUUUUACAUUGUUACAUAAAAUAUAUUUAAUGCUCAGA